AUGCGCCAAGUUACUUACGUCAACGCUUUACACUUACAAAGACAGAAGAUGACUCGGCCUUGCAACAAACGAUCGGCAGCUGCCACCACAACCUCCAUCAAUGGUUCCGGAAAAGUCAAAAGACCGAAAGAGCAACGAGGGCAUCAAGACAAGUAUACAGAGGAAGCGUCUUCCUCAUCAGGCAAAGGAAAGAGGGUAGGCGAAGCAGAAACCCAUUCUCUGUAUGAUCUCUUGGGAGUAUCAAGCGACGCAACCCCCCGGGAGAUAACUGCGGCGUAUAGACGGCGUGCCUUAGUGUGCCAUCCGGACAAAGUUCGUCAGAGGGAAAGAACUAAAAUAGAAGGAGAAGAUGGAGGGAAAGGGAUGAAAGUUAAGUAUGAUGACUCAGCACAAGUGCUAUCUGUAGAAGAAGCAACUAAGCACUUUCAGAGGCUGCAGGCAGCAUAUGCUGUGCUCAGUGAUCCAAAAAAACGAGAAAGAUAUGACCGGACAGGAGAGACUGGAGAGGACCUUUUGGAGGGUAAAUCGUACGAGGAGGCGUACCGGUACUAUAGGGAAAAAUUCCCAGAGGUGACGCAAGAGGCAAUAGACCAAUUCAAAGCCAAGUACUUGAACAGCGAGGAAGAAAAGGAGGAUAUUUUAGACUUUGUGAACAAGUUCCGUGGGGAUCUCACUCUCUUCUUCGACUUUAUUCCUCUAAGCGAGCCCAGCGAUUGGAAGCGAUACAAGAGUAUCCUAUCCCUUUUGUUGGAGGAAAAGAAGGUUAAACGAACCGCUGCACUUGAGGAGACAAUUAGAAGUUUCGACAUGAUCGCCGAGAAGUUCACGAAAAAGACCAAAAAGGAAGAAAAGGAGGCAGCAAAGGGAGGCAAAAAGAAAAUGGACACUUCGAGUUUGGCCCUUGCAAUCCUCGGUAACAUGAGCAAACGGGAGGAGGCGGGCAACCGGUUCCUGAGCUCUUUAGAAGAGAAAUAUGGGAAGAAAAAAACUCGGAAGUAG